GGCUAUUUAUUUAAAAUCAUCAAAAUACAACUAUUGAACACUUGCCAACAAUUCAGAGAUAUGAACAAAAAGAAAUAUCAAAAGACGUCGUUCAGAGAGAGGUUAAAACCAUGCCAUCUUGACUACUCAGAAGAGCGCAAGUGGGAACCGAACUAUUUGAAGGCUAGAUGCGAGGACUUAAAUUUGGAAGAUGAGUAUAAGAAGUAUCAGAUCCGCCUGAUGAUCAGUUACCUUACCGUUUUCUAUCCCCUUUAUAUAAUUGUUGUCGUGGUCCUUCAAGUCGUCGCAUGGUCUUGCGCGGAGUAUACGAAAUUGACCCAUGUGGAUUCGAUUUUGGCUGCGAUAACAUUACUUUUGGUUACUGGCAUAAUGGGCAUAAAUUUCUUUGAGAGCUUUGUAAUUGGUCAUAGGUGGGUUUCGGUUUUAACCUCGGUAUUGUCUACGUAUGUUGUGGUAUUUUCCGAUAUAGCGCAGAUCACAUAUCAUUAUCACAAGGCCCACUGGCCUCUCAAUACCACCUAUGACGUCUUUGUGCUAUGCAUGGUUUAUAUGUUUUUGCCAAUACCAUCGAUCGUUGUAGCAGCCCUACUAGCAACCUCAGUCAGUGCUAUAUACAUUGGCUACUUUAUUUUCUUUCCAGCGGGUGAACAAGAAAGCGUAGCGCGCAAUAUUCACGGAUCCUAUAUGAUAUCCGUCGACGUAUUUCACUACAUGGGGUUCAAUAUGAUGGGGAUAUUUUUCCGCAUCAUGAACGACAUUAUGGUGCGCGCUUCCUUCCUGGAUCGGCACCAGUUCAUCAAGGAAGAGAUGUGGUUGCGCCACGCCCUGCGGCAGGAGUCAACGUUGCUGGACAGUAUCCUGCCGCCACAGAUAGCAAAGCCCAUCCAGGAAAUCAUUAAGAGCAAGAUCAGCCAGUCCGAGAACGGCCCCGACAAUUUCCUUCUGGGUAGCCCCCGAAGGAGAGAAAACUUCAUGGCCAUUCAGAUCCAUCCCGACGUCUCCAUCCUUUAUGCAGAUGUGGUGAACUACACCCACUUGACAACGACUCUGUCGGUGGAGAUGUUAGUGAAGGUCCUGCACGACCUCUACGGAAGAUUCGAUAUGGCUGCCUCUACUUUCAAUGUGCAGCGCAUCAAGUUCCUCGGGGACUGCUACUAUUGUGUGGCUGGUUUGACAGAGGCUGACCCCGAUCACGCCACGAUGGCCGUGUCCCUGGGCAUUUCCAUGAUUGCCAAUCUUCAGGAGGUGCGGACUGAACAUUCCUUGGACAUCGACAUGCGGAUAGGUGUUCACUCAGGGACCCUGUUUGCGGGUGUCAUUGGAGAGGCCAAGCUGCAGUUCGACAUAUGGGGCGCUGACGUGGAAAUCGCCAAUCGCCUGGAGGCAACCGGAAAACCUGGCUAUGUGCACGUCAGUGGACGCACUCUAAGUAGUUUAAAUCCAGCCGACUACAAGAUACUUCCGGGAACUGAAAAGGCCCAGGCGGAUCCCGUGCUGCAAAAGCAUCCGAUGAGCACCUACCUUCUUACUGGCGAAGUUACCCGUGAUUCCGUCAGAUCUGUUGAUAUUGUGUCCUCCUAUUCUGACCUAGACAUAAGAACUAUUCGACCAACCCGGAAAACGCAGAUUGUCAGUGCUGACGCAAUGUCCAAUGAGUUGCGGGAGGAGUUUAACAAGAUGCCGGUUGGGGGCUUUCAAUUUCGUUUGCCAUGCUGCCGCCGCGAUGCCACUUCUAGUGAUGAAAAAGACGAGCAAGGAGUGGGAACCUUUUGUGCGGCGUUCAAGGACUCUCUAUUGGAAUGGAAUUAUAUGCACCAACCCGACUUUAUCUUCAAGUCUUCAAUGCUUCUGGCCUGGGCCAUUGGGGGCUGCCUGAUCUUCAUCCAAAUAGUAAACAGCAAAGUUGACUGUAAGGAAUGCAUUGUGGUCGACCUAAUUGUGUUUUCCCUGCUCACUUCCUUGUUGUGCCUCGCGUGGUACAAGAAAGUGUGUUGGUGGCAGUAUGGGUACAAUGAGCACAAACAGUACAGCAAACUCAGCUGCUUGGCGUUCAACCUGUUCGAUAAGAUCCAGCACAGUUUUGUCCUGCGCGUUACAAUCUAUAUGGUCAUAAUGGUCUUGUAUUACAUGGUGAUUUCCAUGAUAUUAAUCAAGUGUGAUCAGAAUCAGUAUGCGUUGGAUAUCAUAGAGAACAAGCUGUUCCACUACGACGUGAACAGGGAUUCCUGCUUCAACCCGUGGGUCUUCACGAACAUGAUUACGCUGAUCCUUGGCAUGAGUUACACCUUUGCGCGCAUCCCGUUCGCCCUCAAGAUAUGCAUUAGCUGCUGCGAGACCAUAGCCUUCCUGUUGAUCGUGUUCUUCCAGUUCGCGUUCAUUUUCCAUCACAGUGCCACCACGACUCCGUAUAUGAAAGCGGAAGUAGCGCAUUGUCUCCGGGUGUGCGUGAUGUUCAUCACAAUGUAUGCAAAGGAGCGUCGGGUGGAGUUCAUUACCAAAUUAAACUACAAGCAAAACGUGGACUUGCAUAAUAAGCAAAAGGCGGCCGAUGUUACAAACCAAUCAAUCAUUAUUUUGCUGAACAACAUUCUUCCGUCCCAUGUUGUCGACCUGUACCUCGAUUCCUUAGCAAGACACGAACUCUACUAUGAAAAUUAUGAAAUGGUAUCGGUCAUGUUCGCCAUGCUGGUUAAUUUUCAAAUGGAUUUGCCUAGUCUUAGAGUGCUUAACGACAUCAUAACUGAAUUUGAUAAACUGUUAACAGCCUACAGGGAAUAUUACGUGGUUGAAAAGAUAAAAGUCGUGGGCUGCACCUAUAUGGCAGCUUGUGGAUUGGAUUUUAGCCUGACAUCUAAUUUUCAAAGCAGGUCAUUUGAAUCCGAAAUGCAACAGGUGCGCAUUCACCAAGAAUCAAAAGGCAUUGAUUUGAACCACGAUGAGGUAGCCUUCAUAAUGACAACGUUUGCCCUGGACCUGAUGCGUAUCGUCUCUGUGUGCAACAAGGCGUAUGCGAGCAGACCCUUUAACCGGUCUUUAUCCACCGGGGAAAUCUGCAUCGGCAUCUCAACCGGUGAGAUAAUGGCUGGAGUGGUGGGUGCUUCUCAGCCGCACUACGACAUUUGGGGAAACCCGGUCAACAUGGCCUCCCGAAUGGAAUCGACCGGUCUGCCAGGACACAUCCACGUAACCGAGGAGUCGGCGGAAAUCCUCAAGCAGUUCGACAUCCUGUGCAUCUACCGCGGCAUGACUUAUGUGAAAGGACGUGGUGAAAUACCCACCUACUUUGUAGGCAUCGAUGAAAACCUAAAGUUCAUGUCCUCGAAAUUCAAUAACAGGGCUUCAAGACGUUUUACAGUUAUGUCUUCAUUGGAUCCAGAUGAAUUUAGUAUUAAUUCUGUCGAAGAAAAUACAAGCGAAUAGCACAUUAA